AUGGUUGCAGAGGCGGCACGUCGCCGCGGAUUUCUGAAGCGCUUUCGCAAGAAACGCAGAUCCAUUCGAACGGAUCCGGUGGUUCGGCCUCAAAGGACCAUGUCUUCGUCGUCGGCUCGCGGUUCCACUUCUUCUAUUGCAACUGUCGAUAUUGCGUUCGUUUUUUGUUCAUCAGAAGUUGAUUAGCAUGUUUUUUUGAAAAUUAAAACGCUUGAAAUUUUAUAGCGUGGUCGAAAAGGCUGGUUAUCUGAAUAAAUGGACCAACUACAUCAAAGGAUACCGACAGCGAUGGUUCGUACUUGACAAGAACUCAGUCCUGAGCUAUUACAGGUGACCGUUAAUUUAUCAAGUCGUAUUUUUUUUUCAAUGAGAAAAGUACUCGAAAUGAUGAGAAACUAAGCCUUUGUGUUUUUUUUUUCUCUAAAGUAAAUCCAUUUCUUCGUUCUGUUACACUUCACAGCCAUGCUGAUCCUCGAUGUCUGGGGAUCACGCUAGAAAUCAGUUUCUAAUCGGUCUUCUUCUUCUCUCUUAUUUUCUGAGUUUGAGAAAAAAAACCUGAAUAAUCGUCAUAGGUAAACUCAGUUUGUCGCGUAGCGUUUAAAGUUCUGAGCAAACAGAAGGUUCUCAAACUUGAUUGGAAGUUUUGAUCGAUAGCGGAAAGGAAGAAGAAGAAUCUGAAGUGAUCCUGAAAGUUACACAUCACAAAACAUUGGCCUUCUUCUCGCUCUGCUUUUCAAACGCCUUUGUUUGGGAGAUGGUGAUGUUGGAAAAAUCGAUAAAGAUAGUUGUUCAUGCCAAAUAUUUUGUGUGUGUGUUGGCGCGCCGUCUCUUCGCGUGCACUCGAUUUGUCCCUUUGCUCUCGUCGAAUGUGCUGUCGCUUCCGUCGGCACUAAUUCAGCUUCAAACUAGAGAAGAAUGAUCGGGGUUUUGUCCCUCAUCAAACGUGCCGAUAACAGGCCAGAUAAGGCGGCCAAGAAGAAGGAGGAGAAGCGACGCGAGUCUAAGCUGAAAAACGAUCAAUCGAUGCUGAUGGGCCUCCGCGGACGGUGGCGUCGCGCCAGAAAACGUCUUCCUUGGUGUGGAGUGCAGCCGCCGAGGCGCUGCAGCCUCGCCUCGGACCUGUACUUCUCGACUCUCGACAUUCCUGCGGCACUGUCGAACCAGCAAAGUUUUCCUCUUGCUCAUGACCUCUGUUGCGAUGGAGAGCUCAGGUUUUGCAUAAUUAUUCCGUGUUUCCUUGUUUCUCAAAGUUCCGAUCGAACUCGUGGUAGUUCAUCUCCAACUUAGGGCUAAAUAUGCAUUCGAAGUCUUGGAAAAGUUGAAUUUUAGUUAGAUCGCGGGUUUAGAGGCUAGAACUUCAAAUUUUUUCAUCGUCUGAAACAUUCCUUGACGUAUUGAAUGAAGAUCUUCAAAUUUGCCACCUGCAAAACUUGAUACUUCUUGUUAGAGAAUGUUUCAGCAGAUGUAUCGAAGGAAAUUUACGCUGAGACCCCUAUUUUUGGGAAAAGAGCCAGUCGUGCGGAUUGCGGCUUACAGAAUUCUUUUUUUGAUAUAAGGAAAAAAACUUUCAAAAAAAUACUAAGUUCUCUGUAAAAUUACCUUUCACUGGUUUUUUAGGAUCUUGAUUAGCUGGAUAACUCUACUAGGAGAGAAGAAAAAAAGAUCAUAAAGUUUUCAAAUCUAUGUAUUUGUUCUGAAUUAGCUUCUUAGGCCAGUUUAUCUAACAGCGCUUUCAUUUUAAUAUGAUAGAGGGAAGAAAAAGCACGUUUGAUGGUAAUAACAUCUUAGUUGUAAUAAUGCUUGAAAUACAAAUAAAGACUUUUGGAGGUAAUCUUGAUCUUUUAAAAGCUGCAUUUCAUUCUCUCGAGUUUUGUUCCUUCAAGAAACAUUUUCAUAGUAUUGACAUUUUCUUUCCGCAGUCUUAAUAUCUGUUUACACCCUCUGUUAUCAAAUUUUGGUUUUUAAAAGUUCAAUUUCGUCGGUUUUGAUAGACACACAGGGAAAUGUCGACCGAUAAUAGUGUCAUUAAAUUUUCUCAUGAGUCAGACUUAUGAUGCGUUCAGUUUCAUGGAAACGAAGUCGAUUUGGUUUCAGAAACUCGAAGGAAGUCGGUCAGACUUGCCGUGGCAGCAUCAACCUCCACGAAGCGCGGAUAUACUCGGACAAGGUUGAAUCAAAAUCAACCGCCAUGAAAUAACUGAAUACGUUAAGACAACGAACAACAUCGUGAUAACUGCUGCCUCGCAGGCGUUCCACGUGAAGGCCUUCAGCGACGCCGACCGUCAGAAAUGGGUCUCGGCACUGGAAUAUUCGCGUCACAAGGCUAUUCGCAGAGCAGAAAGCGGUUCGCUGUGCAAGAUUUUUCCCGGAUUAUCGUUCUGAACUUUUCAGAAGAAGACGAAGACGCGAAUCUGAGUGCAGGCGUCACUCGCGUCGAAAACUUGCAAGCUUCUCAUCGAGUUCUCGCCUCCAAACUUGCCGACUUGGAAUCCGCUAUUUCUCUUCUCAGUAAGUUUCUGUGAAGAAAGCUAGCUGCACAAGUUUUCUGCUUCAUUUAGAUCAAAAAGAAAGAAAGUAGUUAUUCAAAUAUUCACGAUUUAAAAUCACAAAUGUAGAUUUAUUAUUCCGCAGAAAAACUUUUUUCAUGGUUAAACAUCGUCCCUUCUAUCAGAAAAAUGUAAACCGAGAUCUCGCUCAUCUUUGCUAGUGUUGAAGAUUCAUUUUUAUUGAAAUCAUCAAAAAAACUAUCUGGAGUUGAUAUUUGGUUUCAGUAUGAUUUUUUUAUUGAAAAAUGAUUAGAUCCAUUUGAAGCGCUUCUCUCAAGUUACUCAAAACUCAAUAAAGUCAAAACAGAAUCACGUUUUUUUUAGAACCACUUGGUGAUUAACUUUUGAACUUUCUUUCUAAGUUUGUGAAAGAACACAUAUUUUCACUCCGUGCACUCUUAGAUUGCACUUUUUAUUUUUUAUUGAAUCUUUGUUUUUGCAAAUAGAGAAGAUGUGAGAAAAAGUUGGCUUGUUUUGUCACUGAUCCACUUUGUUUUGAUACUGAUCGUGAGAAUAAUAAGGAUAUUUUUAAUAACUUUAUGGAAUAAUAGAUUUGUUUUGAUGGCCUUUGCAGAUUAUUUUUUGAGACAAAGAAAGAAUAUUUUUCGAUUUGACUUCUAAAACAAAGAUCAAAGUUUGAUGAUUCAUGGAGUUUGUUGUUGUAGAUAAACAGCGAGAUGAAUUCGUGUACAGUGUGAGUGACGAAAGCGUUCCAAUCGACCGAAAAGCGUUGGUUGAUCGGGCCGAUUUGUUGAAGGUCUUUAUCUUAUUUGUCUUGUGACGAAGGAACCCUUUCAGAUAACGACUGCGACAGUUCUGAAAGCGGCCGAAGAACUCGUCGAGUUAUCGGAACGCGGACACGAGAAAGUUAACAAGAUUGUAGAGAGCGAGCACAAAGAGAAAAUAAUGCUCCAGGUUGAGGAGUCGAAGAAAACUUUUCUUAGCGUCUUUCCAGGACCAACUAGAAACUUUGGCCAAACAACACUCCAACUUGGAAAGAGCCGCUACUUUGACCGGGGCCGUCGGUAGAUAUAAGCGAUAAUUUUCAUUUCUGUUUUUUGAGUUUCAGUUUCGGCCUACAGCGAUCAAGAGGAUGAAUUUCACGACGCUGAGGAGGAGCUCGACAACGAGAAUUUCCCUCCCAAAAAAGAAGUAGAAGAACCAAAUCGCGUCGAUUCAGAGGAGUUCUUCACGGCUCCUUCGUCAUCGCAAUCUGUAAGUUUAUUUUCUCAGAAAAAAGAAGUUUAAAAAAAAAAGAAUUUUUUUAUUUUCUUUUUAAUUCUUACUGUGAAAGUUUCGAAUCUCCUCUUCGCGCUCCAAUUAUUUUAAGCAGCUUUCAAACAUUUUGAAUAAAUUUAAGCAAAUUAUGAGGCAACUACAGUGUCUAAAAAGUCUAGAAUUCGCCUCUGUUCUAGUUUCGUAUAAAAAUUCGUAAGUCGAAAAAAUUUAUAAAGAGCAAAAUUUUUUCGUUUCUUUCCCUUCAUGAAGUCAGUUUUAGCUCGAAAUCUAGUAAGUUUAGAGAAAAAAUUUACAGGAAACGACAACAGACGACGUUCGGAAGCGAAGACGACGAACGACGGUUCCGGAAAGGCCUAACCUGCCCAUCAACCUGUGGUCGAUCAUGAAGAACUGCAUCGGCCGCGACCUCUCCAAAAUCCCGAUGCCCGUCAACUUCAGCGAACCGAUUUCUGUUCUGCAGCGAGUCACCGAAGACCUCGAAUACGUCUCCGUUCUUGAGAAAGCUGCAAAAAUGGUUGGGUUCGCCGGAAUCUUUGAAUCAACCAGUUCUUGGUCAGGAUCCCUUGGUCCAAAUGUGCUACGUUGCGGCGUACGCAGCGAGUAACUACUCGACGACGCUCAACAGAACCAACAAGCCCUUCAAUCCGCUGCUCGGCGAGACCUAUGAGUGCGACCGCAGCGAGGACCUCGGCUGGAAAAGCAUCACCGAGCAGGUGCCAACAUUUUUUAGAAUGUCAAAAAGCCCUUCUUCGUAUUAGGGCAAUUUAGAGAGAAUAUUUUCGUGAAUUCGAAUACACGAUUUUGAAAGUUUUGAAACCGAUACGGCUUGUUUAAAACCUAAAUUUUUUAUUUAAGCGACUUUUUUUGUCAAAUUAUUCUCCAAUAGUUCAGAUUAGUAGGAAAGCUGCAAAAAUAGAAGAAAUUUUGAAGCUACCGAUGUUGAAGUUUUGGUUUGAAUUUUCAAAUAGUUUUGACUAACUUUUCUUUUAGAAAAAAAAACCAUCUUCAUUAUUACUAACUUCAUUGAAACUUGUCUUUAGGACGAAAAAAAUGUCGAUUUCUUAAAAAAAUUUCGUAAAAAGUAGGAAGCAAGAUUAGAAAUAAGGAACGAAACGAAAUAUGUUUGAAUGCUGUAUAAAAUUUCAAACGAAAAAGAGUGAAAAAGAUUUGAAACAUUCCUUUUUUCAACAGGAAAGAAAGAAACAUUUCCCAGGUCUCGCAUCAUCCGCCAGCUGCAGCUCACCACGCCGAAGGCAAAGGCUGGGUCAUGUACCAGGACUUCACGAUGACGUCACGAUUCCGCGGGAAGUACCUGUCGGUGAUACCUGUCGGCUUCACCCACAUCCUUUUCCCUCCUUCCAACAGUCACUACUCUUAUAAAAAGGUGCCAAAACCAUCUCGAAAAUUUAAAAUUUGGGGCUUCAAUCUAGAUUACUACUACUGUGCACAAUAUCAUUGUUGGAAAGCUCUGGAUCGAUAAUCAUGGCGACAUGGAAAUCACGAACCACGGCACUGGUGACAAGUGCGUCCUCAAGUUCAUUCCCUAUUCCUACUUCAGUCGCGAGACUCCGAGAAAGGUAUCCAACUUUUUCAGGCUUUCUAGUCAGAUUUUCAUUUUUUCUGAACUCGUUAGACUCAAAAGAUGUUAAAAAGAUUCAAAGACUUGAAGAGACGUCAGAAGAUGGAUAUCUCUUUCCCUGGCGUCUCUUCAUCAAAGUUCAUUCUCUAGCUUCAAAAAUUUUUUGGAACUUGCUUGGACGAAAACCGGAUGAAAAGAUUGAAAAAUAAGGUUUUAGUUGUUUGAUUACUUUUUUAAAAUUUACUUUUUCAACGUUUUCUUUUGCCCAGGUCUAUGGAGUUGUUCGCGAUGCGACGGGGACCCCGAAGUACGUGGUUCAAGGGACGUGGGACAAGGCGAUCGACAUGUUAAAAGUGAUCAAUUGGAGCGGCAACGGCGAGAAGCAGAAAGUGGAAACCGACGAAAAACCGACUCGCGUCUGGACCGUCAAUCCUCCAAUGUUCGUCACAUUUCAGCCUAGUCUCAUCUCCAGUAAACGUUCGGAAAAAAGAGAAUCGCUUCUAUAAAAAAAGAGAAAAAGCUUCUAUAAUUUUUAGGCUCUUCGGCCAACUUGAGCCAAUUUUACUGGAAUUGUUUCUGAAUCUUAGAGAUUCAUUCUAAAGUUUCAUCUUUCUCAAUUUUCAGCCCUGGUGCCGAAAAAAUGCACAACUUCACGAAGCUCACGAUAGAGUUGAAUGAACCGGAAGAGGGCGUGGCGCCGACGGACAGCAGACUUCGGCCUGACCAGCGUUUGAUGGAGGACGGCCGGUUAGUUUGGAAGAAUUAAAGAAAAAAAUCAUUAAAUUUUACACGAUGUUAAGUCAAAAAAAUUAUUAAAAAAAUAAGCAAGAAAUUAAGGUCAUGUUUCUAGAUGAAAAAAAUAAUACUUUGAAAAAUAGAAAAAAACAUAUUUUUUUUAGAUGGGAUGAGUCGAACAAGAAGAAAUUGGAAGUAGAAGAAAAACAGAGGACGGUCAGACGUCGACGAGAAGAAGAAAUGGAGAAAGCCAUGCAGCGAGGUGAACAAAUAUUCUCGAAUACCUAUUUGAUAGUCGAAGAAUUUCUAGAAAGGAAAUUUCUGUAGAGCCUCUAGACGGCUACAGAUAUUAAAAGUGCGAGAAAAAAAGAUGAAAAAACUUCGAAUUCAGCCGUUAUUUACAGAAAAGAUGAAAAAAACUAGGAAUAUUUAUGAUUUUAUUUUUCCAAAAUGUGAAAAUGGUUGAUUUUUAAAAAAAUCAUAUGUGGCUAGGAUUUUAUCCUCUAAUCGGAAAUUUUUUUUAAAAGUGUAUUUUAUGCUGACGAGGCGGAAGCAAAAAAUGUUUUUUUGACUCUCAAAACCUGAAAUAAAGUUCGAAGCAAAUUUUCCUAAAUUCAGGGAUAUAAAUAUAAUAUUUUUUGAUGUUUGUCUUGAAAACUUAUUUUUGAUACUGAAAAAUAACGGUUAACACAUGUGAAUUUUUCAUAUUUGUUUCCAUCAAUUUUGCAUAUUUUCUCCUCAGACUUGCCACUCAAGAAAACACGGCGUAUAUGAUACAGAAAAUCAGUCGGAUUUUACGAAAAAUCGCAGAAAACUUUUAAUGAGUUUGAUAUUGAUGCUAAUAUAAGAACAUGCAGAUGAAAAAAAAACUUGUGUUUAAAACUAUCGAAUGCCCCUAAAAUACGAAAUCUCUCAAAUCCAGGAAGAUGGGGUUUACUUACAGGAGAGAUGUUCGAGGAGUACCAGCCGACGUGGUUCUCGAAGGUGCAGGACGAACUGAACGGCGCCUUGAUCCACCAGUACAAGGGCGGCUACUGGGAGGCCAAGCAGAAGGGCGAUUGGUCGCGUUGCCCCAACAUCUACUGAUCUCUUUCCUAAUAUUUAUCGCCUUAUUCUCUCACUUCUACUUAUGCUUCACUUGUUACCCUCAUCAUGUACAAAUUAUAACUAUCAUGCAAAAAAUCAUUUUUCCCCUUUCUCGCCCGGUUUUUUCUCAUCCAAUUGUGAUCGUUUAUUUCUUUCUCUUAAUUUCGGCGCCUACGGUUGUCAAGUCUAAUUCCCCAUGAAUAGUAUUGGCCUUUUCAGAGAAUAUUUACUAACCGAAUCUUGUCAUUGUUGUCAAUAUGCAUAGGCGAAAUUCAGAAGGUGUCUCUUGGAACUGCAGAAGAGGAAAAAAUAAGAGAACUUCCAGCAAAUCUCCUAAUUACCUUCUAUUUUUCGCAGAAAUGUGGAAAAAUCGCAAUGUUCUGAAGGCCCGAGCAAGAUUUCUACUUACGUGUUAAUAAACUUUACGAACGCUUGAGCAACGGAAAAGGAGCGAAGUAAGAGAGAAUUAGAGGUCUCUGAAGAUGCGGCCGACUGGCAGUUGAUUGCCCUUCACCAACUCAAUUUUCUCAGCAGCCCUGCCGCCGCCGAGCACAAGAGAGCCCACCUUAAAGCCUUUUUGGCGGCGGUUUUGUGUUGCCAAAAGCCGCGUCCUCUUUCUUCUGAAAUUGGAUCGACGUCGGCCUCCAUUGUAGCCUUAGGACCUAAUCUUCGGGCCUCGGCCAUGGCCCUUCAUUCGAGAAUGCUAGCUUUUUCUGUUUGGCUGGCUCUGAUCAACGCCACAGCCACAUAUCCUUCUCACAUUGUUAUCAGUUCGUUUAUUUUUCGAUUUUUUUUAUAGACAUUUAGGUAAAGGAAUUUAUUUAUUGUAAAGUUAUUUGGAAUCUCCAGCAAUACACUUUGACGACGAAAAGCUUGAAGUUAAACUCUCUUCAUCUCAAAUAGAAAUAAAUCCAAACCUAUUUUUCUUUUACGUAAAUUACGAGAACUAGAAAAAUCAAAACUCCUUUUUAUGGAAUCGUCCUCGACUCACUGCGCUCCACUGAUAAUGCCCGUCAGAUUUUUAAUUUUGAUAUUUUUUUUCAUAAUUAUUUUGUGUAUUAAUAUUACUAUAUUUGAAUCAAGGUUUUGAUUUUUUAGUUCACUGUAUUUAUUGUUCGAAUGUUGAAUCUAUCAAAAAAAUAUUGCAAUAAGUAUAUAUUGUACAUAUUUUUUUCUAAAUAAUUAAUUUACACGUUUUUAGUUUUCAAGCCUAAUACAAAAAAUUUUAUUGAAAAAAAUUAGUUUCUUGUUUUUUUAGAAUCUUUCGGUUGCAAUGAUGGAUCGUCAAAAGUUUCUCUCAAAGCAAUGGAAUUCGCUGGCGAAAACAUCAAUUCUCGCCAAGAUUCACCUUUCAAGUAUUUUUUUUAAUAUUUUUUUCUGUUUUUUUCAUAUCUAUUCGAUUUCAAGAGAAGAUAGUUGACCUCACAGGAGCUGACAAGCGUUUUUUUCAAAAAGAUAUAAUUUUAAUAAUUUAUUCAGACUUGUUUUCGACCAUCGAGAGAUUGAAUGCGGCAACGCAGAAGCUUGGAACAUGGUAAACGCAGGUAAAAAUUCUCAAAUUUCUUAGGAAAAUACGUAGCUUGAACUAUUUUUGCAUUUUCAAACGAAGAAGAUAUUCAAAGAAGUAAAGCGAAAAAGAUGCCGCUUUAUAAGAAAGUUUAUUUUACUAAUCAAAUCUAACAUCGCUAGGGUGUGGCAGUGAAAAAGGGUUAUCUUUUUGAUAGACUUUAGCUUUGCCUAAAAACUCUUCGAAAGGUGGCCAAUCAUGAAUCCACUAUUAUUUUUCUCUCAAAGAGCUCGUGACGAGGAAAGUCACACUUGAAGAAAAGCCUGGCAGCUCAUAAAAAAAGCACAGAAAAGCUUCGCGGACUCUCCAAAAUUUUGGAUUUGAAGUUCGCUUCGAAAUUUUUAGCAUCUGGAGAGAAGACUUGAAAUAUCUGAAACUGAAGAAGCUGGAAAAAAUACAAAAAAUGUUUUGAGUUUGCGAGGAGCUGAAAGAAGGAGCGAUGACGUUGAUCAACACAGUCGACGGCAGGGCUUCGGAAGGCGUCCGCGGCGUUUCCGACGCCCUCGAGAUGCCGCUUCUCUCCUUGUCGGCACCUAACUUCGAGGCUCACUUUUCCAACUUGUUGGUAGUUUAUAUUCGAGCAAAAAAAUAUCUUGGAUUGGACUAUUAUAGAAAAAUAGAAAUGCUUAUUCAAAAAAGUUUUGAAAUCGAGGCUCUACUUGCAGCUUCGAACUGUUCAUCCGUCCGCCGAACGCUGAACUUGUCGCCGAUUUCAUCGUCCACAAAAGUUGGACCGACGUCAUUUUGCUCAUCGACACACGCUAUUGUUGGUUCUAUUUUUUAAUCCCCAUGAAGAAGCUUAUUUUACUUUAGGGUCGGGAUUUUUCUGAAACUAGGUUCAAACAUUUUCUGAGGGCACAAAUGAAAAUCUUAAAAACUUCGCUCACAAAAUUUCUCAGUUUUUGAAAAAAUGAGCUCCUAAUGUUUGAAAAUGACUGUUUCAAAUGUCGAAUCGUUUUCAAGUUUUCAUUGACCCUGAAAAGAUGUUUCUCGAUGUGAUCAACGUGUGAUAAAAGGAUAUUUUUUCUCUUUUAUCCAAAGUAACUCUGACAAUUUUCAAGAGAUUCCCAGUCAAAAAACGAGAUGACCUUCCUUGUCGAAAGUUGAUUUUUCAGCAAGUCUGUCGAUUCCUUGGCUCUGGCAACACCUUCGCGAAAAGACCAACACCUCGGUAACGGCGGCUAUUUUUGAAUUGCCGCCUUCUGAGGAACAGUUUCCUGAGUUUCUGAUGUCCCUCAACGCAAUUCGGGUCAAUGCUGUCAAUAGGUUCCUCUCUUUUUAAAAUUGAACGGAUGGGAACGAAUCUUCUGAAGGAUUCUGGUGGACAGUUCCUCCUCGAGUCGCAUGAAAAAGCUUCUUGUGGCGGUUCGCGCGGCUCAGUUCAGUCAGGCCAACUUCCACUACGUCGUCACCAACUUCGUAGGCUUCUCUAAAACUUCUUCAAGAAUUUUUUUCCAGGACUUGUCUUCGUACGAUGUGGAGAUGUUCCAAAACGGCAACAUCAACAUCAGCGGGUUCAACGUUAUAAACAAAGAGAGCCGCGAGUACUGGGCUGUCCGGAAACAUCUCAAAGGGACUGACAACUCUGGAGACGUCGAUGUGAGCUCAAAAAAGUUUUUGAGAUGAAAUUUCAAUUAUUCUGAGUUUUAUAAUGCGUGUCUAACCUUUAAGGUUCUGCUUUAAAUAGCCAAAAGCCUCAUUUUCCAAGCAUACAUGCCAAGAAAUGCAGCGUAAACUUUAAUUUUUCUUUCGUAAAUAUAUCGAUUCUGUUGGAAUCAGAAAAUAUCAAUCAUGUUGCUCAGAUUUUUGAGGAAUUUAUUCUAAAAACUGUUCUUUUAAGUAUCCUUGCAGUAAAACGGUGAACGACCUUGUACACCUACUCCAAAUCAUUAAAAAAUUAUGAAAAAGUAGAAAGUACGUUUCAAAGAAAACGUUUUUGUGUAUUUUUAAACAUAUAGAAAAAAAAAAUGCGAUAUGAGUUGAUAACAUAUUCCGUUUUACCUUCUUUAGAAAAAUAAAAGUACUUUUAGAUGGAGCUCGAUAGGUUGUAAAAAGGAAAAUUAUCAUCGUCUGUUUCCAAGAAUGAGAAGUUCUUUCGUUUGAAGGCCGACGGCGCCAUCGCUCACGACGCGCUUCUGGUCUCGUGGCACGGCUUCUCCCGUUGUCUCCGAGUCAACGAUUCUCUCUUCCACGGAACUUUCCGCCACCGAAGAUUUUUCAACCGAGGCUUUCCCGGUGGGUCUUCUCGCCCACUGCAAGUCGAGCAUGGCGGCGACGGCGAUCUUUUGAUCUUUUCAUUUUUUUUCUUCCCAAAAAGCAGCUCAACUAGUUUUUUUCCAGGAAUAUUCUGCGAUCCUCUGUCAGACCGAUCCCAUCCGAACCGUCCAUUCGCUUCUUUCGAGCAUGGUAGAACCAUAACAACGGCUCUGAGAAAUGUGAACUUUAUUCUCUAAGUGAAAGUUGAAACAUGGAACUUUUCCAGAUUCGAAUAGGAACCCAGGAUGGAACUCUGACAGGCAACAUCGAGUUCGACCGGUUCGGUCAUCGACGCAACUUCGACGUGUCUGUGAUCGACCUGGUGUCCAACACGAAGGCCACCUUCAACCGGAAGGAAGUGAUGAUGUGGCGCCAGGGCGCCGGAUUCUUCGCCAACCGAACCGUCGCGCAGCAUUCCCGCAAGGCGGUCAACGGCCGCAAGGAGGACCGCGUCAUCGUUCUCACUAAUCUCGUGGGUUCUGAAGUCAUAAUCUGUCUGAAGUAGUCACUUGAGGGGAAGCUAAGUUUCUUACGGAGUGAUCUGCAUGAAACCACUGAAAUAUAAAGGCCUGAGCUAUGUGACUUCUCUUGAAAAGCUUGUUUUAUUUUUAAAAAUGGGGAUUUUUGGUCUUUCCCUUUGAUUUUCUCAACUUAAAGGCAAAGGGGCAGUAAAAAAAAUGGUGUUUCAGGUGAAAGCAGUAUCUUAUACAGUUUUUCUUUGCGGAUCGAAUGGUGUACUCAAAAAAAUUACAGAUGUGACAACUUUAGAAGAAAAACGCAAUUUUACUUUCGCGCCUUUAAUUUUAAAAAAAUCUUUGGAUCGGCCUACGGACAAAUGUUUACAGUAGCGGUGCAAACACAAACACAAACUGAUAAUAAAGAAAACAAAAAUAAUCGCUAUCCCAAUCGAAACCUUUGUAAAAAUCAUCAUUUUUUUCACCAGAAAAAGCUUUUUUUGCGAUCAAAGUUUGCAAAUUAUACAUGAAUAGAAAUCUUUUGUGACGAAAAGAACUUUGGUGACAACAGAAAAAAUUGAAAAUUGAAAGAAACGAAGAAAAAAGCGAAAAUCCGGAAGAUGGCGAAGCCUGUUGUCCAUAGAGCAACUUUACUGCAAAGCGCUCUUUUUGCGGGAACUCAAACUUUUCUCUCUCCGACUUUGAAUUAUUUUUUCUCCAAAACUAGGAACUUCUGGCGAUUUUUUUGAGAAAAUAUAAACUUUACACCAAUUUUAGAGAUUUCUGGACUCUUUGAGUAAUCUCUCUCACUAGGUGUUUUCUUUUAGCAUCAAUUAAAACUCCAACACUCUAAGUAGUCAUGUCCAAAUCACCUUUUAACAGGUAGCUCCGUUCGCGAUGACCAAAAAAGAAUGUCUGGAGAAUCCGGGCAACAGAACAGAAUGUCAAGGAAACAACCGAUACGAGGGAUACUGUACAGAUUUGCUCAAGCUUUUGGCCGACAGAAUCGAAGGCUUCAACUACGAGAUUCGGCUCGGGCUUAAGGUUAGUUGAAGAAAGGAUAAAGACUCGCAGAAAUCAUCUUAUCUUUCCAAUAUUUGAGUACCUGUCUUUUUUUCUCGUUGAAGAUGACCAACAUUUCGGGCUUACAAGUAAUUUAAAAACCUUCAAUCUUCCUCAGGCCGGAUCGAAACAACCGGACGGCAGCUGGGACGGAAUGAUCGGCGAUCUCCUUAAUGGAAACGCACACGCCAUAGUUGCCUCUUUGACUAUCAACCAGGUAUUCUUUGGAAUCAUAGAUCUUAACAUCUUAUAUGAAAUCGAGAUACAAUAGCUAUAAAACGAGAAAAGUGAGAUUUUUGUAUUCUCAGUUUUUUUUUUUGCUGUAUCGUCAAAUUAAUUUUUGAAAAACUCAGGAACGAGAAAGAGUCGUCGAUUUUUCUAAGCCGUUCAUGACGACCGGAAUUUCGAUCAUGAUCAAAAAGCCGGACAAGCAGGUCUUCUCAGUGUUUUCUUUCAUGCAGCCGCUCAGUACUGAGAUUUGGAUGUACAUCAUCUUCGCCUACAUCGGUGUGAGUGAAGAGUGUAGAAAUGGAUCUACAAACUGAGCUCGAAGUUCGCUCCAGCGGAAAUUAAUAUCGCGAAGUUUGAUUGCGAAUUUCCUUCCACAAAAAUUGGGUAAAAUUUUCGUUUUGCGAGUGGAUGCACUCUGUUGACUGAAGUAGAACUUCGGUUUUCAGAAACUGCCUUCUCUUGAAACUGAUUAUUUGAAGGCUUUUGUAAUGAACAUCUGAGAUUUCGGAGAACGUGUUCAGGUCUCCGUGGUGAUUUUCCUGGUGUCGAGGUUUUCGCCGUACGAAUGGCGAGUUGAAGAAACGGCUCGCGGCGGAUUUACCAUUUCCAACGACUUUUCCGUCUACAACUGUCUGUGGUUCACUUUGGCCGCUUUUAUGCAGCAAGGAACGGAUAUCUUGCCGAGGUUCUUUUCAUUCAUCUUCCAUCAAUUCAGGCCACGACUUUUGACUAGACUCCAUUUUGGAUAAAACGUUAGAAAAACGAAAAAUAAGAAAUGAGAAAUUUUCUAUAGGAUCUCAGUUCGGAGAAAUGCUGCUGAAUAAAUGGUAUGAUUUUUUUGAUCAUUGAAAUGUUUGAAAAAAAAAGUCGUAUGAGAAUCGUCCUAACUUUAUUAGCUAAAGCUUCGCGAACAGCAGAUUUUCUAGUCAUUCGAGAAAAUAAUUUGGAUAUAACUUUCUGGAACAAAGCGUAAUUAUAAUGAGAAAACGAAGUUUUUUUGAUUGCUUUUUCGAGGCUCAAUAGACUGGUUUAGUUGAAAGCUGGAUGUAGACGGCCAUCGAUAAAUUUUUCAAUUUGAAGAUCGAUUUCUGGUCGAAUAGCGUCUUCUGCCUGGUGGUUCUUCACGAUGAUCAUCGUUUCUUCGUACACGGCCAACCUGGCCGCCUUCCUCACGCUCGAGAAGAUGCAGGUACGUCUCCUGCUCAACGGCCCGUGCUCUCCACGUCAUUCUACCUUCUUUUUACAUAAACAACAAUAUUCAGCAGUAAUUUGCGAGAUAACUACUUAGUCAUCAAAUUUAUUUUCACCUCAAAAACAGAAUGAAAUUUCUCAAACGCUACACACGCUUUGAAAAGAAUUAAAUUUUGCACUUUCGUUUUCAAUCUUGAUAUUUGCUUCGAUUUAAAAGCUAAUCAAAAUUUUGACUCAUACUUUGAAGAGAAAGUAAUUUUUCUUCAAAUCUUAUAAUCUGUUAGAAGAAGAGAUAUAAAAAUCAAAAGUUGAACGCCCAUAAGGAGAAAAUUAUAUACUUUUGUUUUUUUCAAUAAAAUUUCACUUUCAGGCUCCAAUCGAAGGCGUCGAAGAUCUGGCCAAACAGACAAAAAUAAAGUACGGGAUUCAAGGCGGCGGCUCGACUGCCUCGUUCUUCAAGGUUUCAACGUCUCUCGAAUUCUUUCUCAAUCGAUAAUCUGUUGUUUGAAGUACUCUUCGGUGCAAAUCUACAACCGAAUGUGGCGUUAUAUGGAAUCUCAAGUUCCUUCCGUUUUCACUGCUAAUUAUGCGGAAGGUUCGGUCGAAAGCCUUUCGAGAAAAAAUGAAUGAGUUUCAGGAAUUGAGCGAGUUCGAAAUCACAAAGGUCGGUACGCGUUUUUACUGGAAGCGACCGCCAACGAGUACGAAAACACGAGAAUUCCUUGUGACACGAUGAAAGUCGGUGAGGAUAACUUUAAAAAAUAGUAACAAGCAUGGAUAUUUGGAAAGAAAUUGCUGCGAAGUGAUGAAAAAAGUGGGUUUCUAUUAAUUCUGAAAUUGAUUGAAAAAAGCUCAAGAAGUAUUUCGAAAAUCAAGCCCCUUUAGGUGCUAACCUGAAUAGCAUUGGAUACGGUAUCGCGACGCCGUUCGGCUCCGGCUGGAAGGAUCAUAUCAAUUUGGCGAUCCUGGCGCUCCAAGAACGAGGAGAGCUGAAGAAGCUGGAGAACAAGUGGUGGUACGACAUGGGCGAGUGCGACACCGGCAUUCCCGUGGUUUGGCUCAGAUUCUGUUCUCUGACUUCUUGGGCCUUCCUUCUUUUGUAGGACGGUUCCUCGGCCAGUUUGAACUUAUCCAAGGUGGCUGGUAUAUUUUACAUUCUGAUGGGCGGGAUGAUUGCGUCGAUGCUGGCCGCUCUUGGAGAGUUUCUCUACCGAUCCCGGAUCGAAGCUCGAAAGUCUAACUCGUCCUCGUUGGUGGCGAACUUUGCGGUGAGACCUGAACGUAUGGAUUGGUCGAAGUCGCAGUUUCAGAAGAAUCUGAAGAGCGCGUUGUCGUCCCAACUGCGGCUGUCAGUCCAGGGCGGAGCCGUGGCUCAGCCUGGAAGUCAGUCUCAUCUCGCCUUGAAGCGGCAGCAAGUCGCCGCCUUCCUGCCGGCUUCCAACGAAAAAGACAGUCUCGCUUCUUCGGAGAAGAAUUCCCAGGCACCCACUCCGAACCUCUACAACACCGCUGUCUGAAAGUAACUUAUAUUUGCAACUUUUAACGUAAAUCAUUUUUCAGAACCUGUUUUUUUUUACCACGCCUCUUAUUUCGAGAACAUAUUAUUCGAGAGAGAACUUAAAGAGAUUGUAAAUUUGUUUCAAAAAGAUUAUAUAUUUUUAUGCAGUCUUUAACCAUUGAAUGAACUUCCAGGCUUUCACCCUCUCAUUCAUUUUCCGUGACCGCUCUUCGUCAACAAUUUUUCAUAUUUUUGGUAAAGGUCUACUAAAAAACUUUGUAAUAAGCAUAUCUUACAAAGUAAAUAAGCCAAAAUCUGAACUUCAACGGGGUUUUUAUUGACACUCAUUUAUCGCAAAUUAUCCUGAAAAGCUGAGUUCAGCUCUAUUGUCUGUAGAUUCCAGAUCACUUCCAUUCUCAUAUAUUUAUUUUCGCACAUUUUUUGAAGUAUAAAUUUUUCAGUUUCAUUAAAAUUAUGUGUUAUAUUCAUAAAAAUGAAGAAGAGAAAAGACUCGCCCGAAUGGUAACACGUGCAAUGCCUUGACGCUUCGAAGCGGCUCCUUGAAGACGUACCCGACCUAAAACGCCUUGAGCGCAACGCCAUUAGUUAUCAUUAGAAAGGAUAACAUUUCGAAGUAGAAUGAAGCAUAUAAAGGUCGAUCUCUGUUUUUUUUUUCUCCUGUCUUUUUUCAGAGCACAGCCAACCUGGUGGCUUUCUUUACGCUCGAGAAGAUGCGGCUUUUUUGGUUCACUCUUUGUUCAACGACCCAUGAGCCCAACGUCAUCUGCCCUUUUAUAGAGGUUAACUACUCGAAGCUUCCACGUGCAACAAAGUCAGUCUAUUAACAAUCGACGUGAGAAGGAGGCUAGUCAAAUGAAAUAAUAUGUUUUGGCUGUGUGCACCUUCUUGGAGCCGUCUAAAUGGCCUGAGUAAUCCGGCCGGAACAAAUGCGCCUGAAGCCACAAAAAAGUAGUGAGAGGCGGCGAAAUGGAGAUGACUUGGGGCGGCGAAUGAGAUAUGAAAAGCUAAUCUCAUAUCCAUAUUCACGCUCUUAGGUCCCACCGACUCCUUUGCCUUUCCACCUCUACUGAGCCUAGAAACUUUGUGGAAAAAGGCGUCGGAAGCAUCGAGGCGAGGCGAAGUCGUGUUGCGAGGCAUCUACGAUUGCCUAAUCGCCGCAAUUGGCGCCUAG